ACAUUUCUUUUUGCUCUCCUUUUGGCUGAUUUGUAAAGAAAAUGUAGGGUAUAAAAACUGUAAUCGCCCAGUCCGAAAUCGUAGUCAACUUUAGCGUUAAAUCAGCUAAACAACGGUUCCCCGAAAGCAAAACUAUACCAAAAAAUGGCAUUCAAGUUCAUUGCUGUCUUCGCUUUGUUCGCCGUUGCCAGUGCUGGCGUUAUUCCAGCCUCGGAGGUAUAUCAUGCUGCUCCUGCCGCCGCUGCCGUAGUAAAAACCGUUGCUCCAGUUCAUGUUGCUGCCCAGCCUGUUUUGACCAAGGCUGUCGAAGAAUUCGAUCCCCAUCCCCAAUACAAAUAUGCCUAUGAUGUUCACGAUACUGUGUCGGGCGAUUCUAAGAGUCAAGUUGAGGAACGUGAUGGCGAUGUCGUUCGCGGUGAAUACUCGUUGAUCGAUGCUGAUGGUUUCAAACGUACCGUCCAAUACACCGCCGAUGAUGUGAACGGUUUCAAUGCUGUUGUUAGCCGCGAACCUUUGGUUGCUAAGGCUGUUGUUGCUGCCGCUCCAGCCGCUGUUGUGAAGACCGUUGCUCCAGUAGCUCAUGUUGCUGCCCCAGCUGCCGUCGUUAAGACGGUAGCUCCUGUGGCUCACAUUGCUGCCCCUGCUGCAGUUGUUAAAACUGUAGCACCAGUAGCUCAUGUUGCCCACGUUGCCACACCCGUUGUUGCCCAUGUAGCUGCCCCUGCCACCUAUGUUGCUCACCACUAAGUGAACGAUAUAUGCUUUCAUAUAUUGUAAUGUUAAUAUGUUUUAAUAAAUGCUAGGCUUAUA